CCCCUAGCCACUACAUCGAAACUGAUAGAAGUGGCAUGAGCUUUUCGUAUUAUUACACAGGCAGCCUGUCGGCUAAUCUCGCGAACGCGAACUCGUUUAGUAUAUAAACCAUCGUGGAAGAUAGCAGUUGUUUUACCAGGUAAAAAAAAAACUCGCUCUCGUCUUCCCAUAUAAAAGCACUUUUGUGUGUGUAAAUCGUUAAAGGUGAAAUGUCGAAAGAGUGCAAACAAAAGGAUUUCGAGACACCGGAUUGGCCGUCUAGGUGCACUUGGAAGCCGAAUGCUGACCCCAAAACGAGCCCCCACACCAAAGAAACUCGACAACCCCGGCCCAAAAUUUUCCCUGAUAUACUCAAAACCGUCGGAGAGACCCCCCUGGUGCGUCUGAACAGAAUACCCCAAGCAGAAGGAUUAAAAUGCGAUGUUUUUGUAAAAUGCGAAUAUUUCAAUCCAGGAGGUUCAGUAAAAGAUCGUAUUGGCAUUAGAAUGCUUGAAGAUGCAGAGAAAAAAGGGUUAAUCAAACCGGGUGACACUCUUAUUGAACCUAGUUCGGGAAAUACGGGGAUUGGAGUAGCUUUAGCAUGUGCAGUAAAAGGAUACCGUUGCAUCAUCGUGAUGGCAAUGAAAAUGUCUAAUGAAAAGGUUAACGUACUUAAGGCAUUGGGGGCUGAAAUCGUUCGUGUACCCACUGAAGCAGCGUUCGAUUCACCUGAAGGGUCCCUUGCUGUAGCACAAAGACUACGGGAUGCAACACCGAAUUCAUACAUUCUAAAUCAAUACAAAAAUUCGGGUAAUCCCCUUGCUCAUUACGACCACACUGCAAUGGAAAUUUACGAACAAUGUGACGGAAAAAUUGAUAUGGUGGUCAUAGGGGCCGGAACAGGUGGCACGGUAACAGGAAUAGGACGUCGUUUGAAAGAACUAAUUCCCAAUGUUCAAGUAAUAGCAAGUGAUCCCUAUGGAUCUAUAUUAGCGGCUCCGGAUAAUUUAAAUGAAGGGGGUGUGGGAUUUUAUGAAGUGGAGGGAAUAGGUUAUGACUUUAUUCCGGUAGUUUUGGAUAGAUCUGUGGUUGAUAAAUGGGUAAAAACCACUGACAAGGAAUCAUUUAUUAUGGCCAAAAGACUUAUCAGGGAGGAAGGGUUACUUUCAGGUGGAAGUAGUGGUGCUAACGUAGCAGCUGCUUUAAAGGCAGCAAAAAAUUUAAAAGAAGGACAAAAAUGUGUUGUAAUUUUACCAGACAGUAUCAGAAAUUAUUUAACAAAAUUUGUGUCAGAAGAAUGGAUGGAAGCCAAACGUUACAUUUCACCUGAGAAUAUUCAUAAUCAUUCGUGGUGGGAUGAUAAGGUGAGCAAUUUACAACUCGAAAAACCCAAAAUAUUGUACACUACAUCCACAUGUCAAGAUUUCAAGAAAUUACUAGAUGAAUAUAAAACUGAUACCGUUCCAGUACUUAAUGAAAAUGGGCAUAUUGAGGGAAUUACAUCUUCUAAAGAUAUAAUGACAAUGAUAAAUAACAAACGAAUAGCAUUAAAUGAUCCUAUCAUACCAGCUAUCAAUAAGAAAAUAAUAAAAGUCGAUUCAAAUACUAGUCUGGGUUUGAUAUCAAGAAUUUUGCACAUUGAACCUUGUGUUAUUGUGACUGAAGGUAACGCACACACUGAACAACUAAAAGGAAUUGUUACAAAUACACACUUAUUUAAUUAUAUUUCAUCACUUCCUUCACAAAAUGGCAUUUAAUAAAAGUUUGAAGUUA